AUGACAAGUGUUUUGUCUCUCCCGGCUCAUUUCAGUCCCUACACGGAGAACCAUCAGACGUCGGCGGACAGCAGGGAGGAUGCCUAUGCCCAGCUGGAGCUGAGGACGCUGGAACAGUCCCUGCUGGCUACCUGUGUGGGCAGCAUUUCUGAACUCAGUGACUUGGUGUCCCGGGCAAUGCACCACAUGCAGCGUCUGAGCUCGGUGCGCCCAGGACAGAGCCCAGCCCGACACGCCCGUCCCCAGCAGCCCGUGUCCUGGUCGCCGGACGCCCUCCACACCCUUUACUACUUCCUGCGCUGCCCACAAAUGGAGUCCAUGGAGAAUCCCAAUUUAGACCCCCCACGCAUGGCACUCAGCAAAGAGAGGCCGUUCCUGCUGCUGCCUCCUCUGAUGGAGUGGAUGAGAGUCGCCAUAGUUCAUGCUGAGCAUCGCAAGAGUCUAUUGGUGGACAGCGAUGAUGUCAGACAGACUGCCAGGCUACUCCUUCCAGGACUGGACUGUGAACCAAGACAGCUGAAACCUGAGUGUUGCUUUAGCUCCUUCAAGCGUCUGGACUCCAAGGCCGCCACGGACAAGUUCCACCUGGACCUGGGUUUUCGGAUGCUCAACUGUGGACGCACAGAUCUCAUUGGCCAAGCUAUCGAUCUGCUGGGGCCUGAUGGGGUCAACAGCAUGGACGACCAGGGCAUGACCCCUCUGAUGUAUGCCUGCGCAGCUGGAGACGAGGCCUUAGUCCAGAUGUUGAUCGAUGCCGGGGCAAACCUUGACGUGGCGGUUCCACCAUGCUCCCCGAAGCACCCCUCUGUGCAUCCUGACAGUCGGCACUGGGCAGCCCUCACCUUCGCUGUGCUGCAUGGACACAUCUCUGUAGUGCAGCUCCUGCUGGAUGCAGGGGCCAACGUGGAAGGGGCCCCAGUCCGCAAUGGACAGGAGAGCACAGCAGACAACCCAUUGCAGCUGGCUUCAGCAGCAGGAAACUACGAGAUGGUGAGUUUGCUCCUGGCACGAGGCGCUGAUCCCUUAUCAAAGACCCAUGAUGGGAAUGCCCUCACGUCGUCGCUCUAUGAAGACAUGAACUGCUUCAGUCAUGCUGCCUCACACGGACACAGGAACGUGCUGAGAAAGCUACUGACUCAGCCCCAGCAAGUCAAAGAGGAUGUCCUGUCUCUGGAGGAGAUCUUAGCUGAGGGGGUGGAGGGCGAGGACGCCGGGAUCUGCCCUUUCCUCCCUCUCUCCCCCCUCCCCACCCCUUCCUCUGGCCCCGGGGCCCUGCCUGAAGGAGGCAUAGCGAGGCUCUGCAAGGCUAGGAUGAAGGCUCUGCAGGAGGCCAGCUACUACAGCGCGGAGCACGGCUACCUGGACGUCACCAUGGAGCUACGAGCUAUGGGUGUACCAUGGAAGCUGCACGUGUGGCUGGAGUCUCUGCGCUGUGCCACGCAGCAGUCCAGGGCGGGGGUCACCCUGUCCCUCCUCAGAGAAUUCACCACCAUCAGAGAAGAGGACUACUGCACAGAGCUGGUCACCCUCGGCCUGCCCCUGAUGUUCCAUAUCUUACGCACCACCAAGAAUGAUGCCAUCAUACAACAGUUGGGGACUAUUUUUAGUCACUGCUUUGGCCCCGCCCCCCUUCCAGCCAUCCCUGGGAUGAAGGCAACUCUUUCUGCACAGUUGGACCCUCACUUCCUGAACAACCAGGAGAUGUCAGAUGUGACGUUUGUGGUGGAAGGGAAACCGUUCUACGCACACAAAGUCCUGCUGAUCACAGCUUCAGACAGAUUCAAGUCUCUGCUGGCCUGCUCCGGAGCAGAAGGAAGCGGCAACAAGGCGAUUGAUAUCAGCGACAUCAAGUACAGAAUCUUCCAGAUGAUGAUGUCAUACCUGUACUGUGGAGGAACAGAGUCGCUAAGAACUAAUGUGCCCGACUUGCUGGAGUUAUUGUCAGCUGCUAGUCUGUUCCAGCUGCGCGUGCUUCAAAGACACUGUGAACUCCUGUGCUCUCGGCUCUGCACGCUGGAUAAUGCAGUCAGCGUCUACAGGACGGCCAAGGCCCAUGGUUCAGUGGAGCUGAGCUCAUUCUGUGAAGGUUACUUCUUGCAGCAGAUGCCUGCUCUGCUGGAGAGAGAGGGCUUCAGGACCCUGCUGCUGGGACCCCCCUCGGCCCGACAGGGGAACAACUCCAUCUCCACGCUGGCUCACAGCCGGGGAGAGUCGCCUCUGGAGGAGCUGGAGGCGACCCUGGCCCAACGACUACGCUCUCUCUGCGUCACCUCCAGAGUCUGAGUCUGCAGAAAUAAGAAUGUGGCGUUCGAAGAGGAGGUUUCUUUUCAUCAGUGAUACAGGAUCAGCUCUGAAGACAGACUAAAUAGUUUAUUACAGAAGUUCUUUUAGUAACGCCUGUUCCUAUCACUAAUAACAAGCUGGUUCCACAGUGCUUUGACUUUGGGAUACAGAUCUCUAUGGACAGUUUAGCAUUUUGUACCAAGCACUCCAUCUUGACAUUUUUUGCAGAGCACAGCAUUAAUGAGGAAGAAAAUUGGACAAUGUGAUGCUUUUUCUCCAAGGCUCGGGAAGCUUAAAUGGAGAAGCAACAGAUGGAUGCAACAAGUGGGAACUCUGAAUAAUAAAACACUGCUGCCCUCUACUGGACAAAACUGGCAAAAAUAGAGUUGCCCUGGAGGAUUGGGAUCACGUUUCCCUCCUGGUUCUGACUGAAGCUGGAAAGUGACAAUAGAUUGAAUCAUGGGAGGCAGCCAUGCUGGACUUUUGGCUUUAUCCCGUUCAAACUAAUAAUGCAGAGUGGGCGGACAGAGGUAGACUCAGUUCCUCUGGUAUUGAUGUGUACUUUGGAUGAACAAAUCUACUUUUUAUGUAACUGUAUGUUUUUUAUUUUUAAAAAGUAUUGCCGGAGAAUCAAAACACUUACUGAAGAGUGGGAUGGACAUUUUCUAUUUAAGGAGAAAAAAAAGAUGUGAGAGUAUUUAACGGGGUGUUCCCUUUUUAUUUUGUUUUUUAAUCCAAGCACAUUUUUAAUAUUAUUGAUACAAAAAAGGUUUUUGUGUAACUGUUUUUCCAGGUACACUCUUAACAGUAAAUGAAGUGUAUGUAAGCUGAGGUUUCAUGCUUCUAUACAGGUCGAGCAGCAGAGUCCAUCGUGGGAUUUGGAAUACAAAACAUAUGUUUGAAUGCUGAGUAUUGUAAUAAACCUUGUAAACAAGCUUUGUAGGUU